UGGCUUGCGGCCGCCACUGCCGUAUUCCGCCUGUCUCCUGGAACCGCGGGCUCGGGGCCACCGGGCUGCGCCUGAGGUAAAGGCCGAGGCCUCGGGGCGGGCAUGAGACGCACUCCCGGUGGAGGCAGAACAGCCGCGCUGAGCCAUGGCCAGUACAGUGGUAGCAGUUGGGCUGACGAUUGCUGCUGCAGGAUUUGCAGGCCGUUAUGUUUUACAAGCCAUGAAACAUAUGGAGCCUCAAGUAAAACAAGUUUUUCAAAGCCUACCAAAAUCUGCCUUCAGCAGUGGCUAUUACAGAGGUGGAUUUGAACCCAAAAUGACAAAACGGGAAGCAGCAUUAAUACUAGGUGUAAGCCCUACUGCCAAUAAAGGAAAGAUAAGAGAUGCUCAUCGACGAAUUAUGCUCUUAAACCACCCAGACAAAGGAGGAUCUCCUUACAUAGCAGCCAAAAUCAAUGAAGCUAAAGAUUUACUAGAAGGUCAAGCUAAAAAAUGAAGUAAAUUUAUCAUGUUUUAAGUUCAUAUUAAUUUUUGAGUACCAACUUUUAAUAAUAAAUGCCUCAAAUGUAAAGUUUUAAAAAAUGAUUUAGCACAAUCAAGCUAAAUCAAACCUUUAGUAUAUUUUAUUUAACUUGAGAACAUUAAAAAUAUUAGCAUUUGGGGCUAGUUUUCAAUAAUGACAGAUGUAUACCACUUGAAUAGAAACACACUUACUUAGCAAAUAAUUUGGUGUCUGUGUGGUAUUUAAUGCAAAGCCCUUAUUCUAAAAGAGCCCUAUACCAGUCAGGUGUAGUCAUUAGUAUUAAGGAAUUCCCACUGUUAAGCUGCUCACUUACUUACUUAAAAUGCUGUGAGUAGCAACACUGACUUUUAAGAGAUUACCUAGAUAUGUAUCAGUAACAAUUCAGGUUUCAUACAUUAAAAUCUACAUAUUGACAGCAGAGUUCCAGUAAAUCAAAGGUAAAUCUAUAUGUAUUCAGCCUCUUAAAAGGUACAGGUCACUUAUAAAUUCUCCUUUUGUAUGUUUUUUAAAUAUAACUCUGAAUUUACAAUUAUGGACAAGACUAAACAGUAUUGGUUAUACUAAAAUUCGUUACCAAAGUAUUUCUUAGUACUGUUCAGAACUUACAUACUAAUAAACUUAUAUGGCAUGAAGGCAAGUGACAGUCUAACAAAACUUACUUAAGGAUCUUUAACAGAGGAACUAUGUAACACAAGGCAAACUACUUGUUCAGUAAAUCCCAACUUUUGUUCGGUGAAGCUGAUAAAUCAUGAUAGCAACCAUCUGAACUUCCUUAUAGUUUUUUUUUGUUGUUGUUGUUUGGGGGCGGGGAGUCCUUUCUUAAAAAUUAACAAUUUUAGGGACAGGGGAGGUGGAACUAUAGUUGAACACUGAAUUAGCAAUUACAGAACACUUUGUUCCUAGGGGAAAUGCAGGUUCCUGUGAGGUUCUGGUUAUACUUGUCCACCAGUCAAUAAAUAGCCUGAUUUUAUGCAUGGUUUUGUUUAAAGAAUGCCUUCAUUAACACAACUCAGCAU